CCAUUUUGUUGGUAGAGGCAGGAGGAGGUCGGUUCGGAGACGCCAAGGUGGUCAGCAGCUAGCUAGUCGGUGCUCGCGGGCUGUGUUUGUUUCGUGCCUCGUCUCUCCCUGGAAAGGGAGGGAGGCUUCGACGUCGAAAAGGGAGCCGCUGCCGCAGUCCGAGCUCGAAGUCGCUAGGACUUCUCUCAAACGUACGUGCUGAGGACACUCAGAUGUUGGCCUCAGCUCCUAGGCUGAACCCUGCAGAUUGGCCCAUGAAAACUUCUGAAUUGAGACAAAGGAAGGGAUCCGUCAGAAAGCAACGCCUGUUAUCCUGGGCUUGGCAGCAAGGAAGAGGACGGGAAGUGGAAAUCCUGCAAUCUGAAAAGCAGACUGAAAGGUGACAAAGAAGCUGAAGAUGGGUGGUGGAGAGAGGUAUAACAUUCCAACCCCUCAAUCUAGAAAUGUUAGUAAGAACCAACAACAGCUUAAUAGACAGAAGACCUUGGAUCAGAAUUCCCAGAUGAAGAUUGUUCAUAAGAAAAAAGAAAGAGGACACGGUUAUAACUCAGCAGCAGCUGCAUGGCAGGCCAUGCAAAAUGGGGGGAAGAACAAAAAUUUUCCAAGUAGUCCAAAUUGGAACUCUAACUUAUCAAGUCCUAGCUUGCUUUUUAAAUCUCAAGCCAAUCAGAAUUAUGCUGGAGCCAAAUUUAGUGAGCCACCAUCACCAAGUGUUCUUCCCAAACCACCAAGCCACUGGGUUCCCGAUUCCUUUAAUCCUUCAGAUAAGGAAAUAAUGACAUUUCAACUUAAAACCUUACUUAAAGUACAAGUCAAGUAACUAAUGUUUAAAUUUAGUUAUGUUUACAAAUGGUGGUCAUUUAGUCUGAAACAUUCACUAGAGAAUUAAUCUGUAAAAUUGGUAAUGUAAAAAUAUAAUCAGACUGUAUCAUUUGUUUUAUGUGCUGUGUGCACUGUGAUAGUAUCAGUGCAACCUAACUAAGUAAUUGUACUUGGUAGUUAACUGAAUAACUUGAGACACCUGAAGUUUAGAUUUGGGGAAUGGUAAAGGAAUCAGCUUUUUCUUUUGUCUGUUGGGGGGAAUAAUUUAAGAUUCAUGGCGUUGGUCAGUACAUUUACUUCCAGUCAAUCAGGUUAUAAUCAUCUAGCUAAAACAUACAAGGAUUGAAAACUAGGGGUUGAACAUUUUAAAAUUUAAGGACACCCAAACCAGUAACAUGCCAACACCUAAUGCACUGCCAGAAGAAAAUGUGAAUUUUUCUUAACUGCAUUUUACAAAACUGUGUGGUUGUGAAUGUGUAAUGGGCAUUUGGGGCUUACUAGAAUGAGGCACAGAAUACCCAGUGGUCCUGUUUUCUUAAAUGCAGUGACUAGGCAUCUGUCAACAGAUGUACCAAAACUUUUUCCCUCAGAAAUAGUAUUAAAAGAUCACUCAAUAGCUUUCAAAGAACAUUCCUGUAUUAUCGCACUGACAGUGAUCUGGCCUCAUUCGUCCCUGCAAAGUUUGCAAGUAUGGAGUUGUACAAUGUGAAGGUUUUAAGUUCCUAAGGAAGAAAGAGCCAUGUAAAUACAUAUAGUAAACUUGUAGCAUAUGUAAAGUUUUCUUGGCCUUUAUCUUACAGAAAUAGACUAUUUUAGUAAAUGAAUUUGCAGAAUGUAUGACCAUGGACUUUUUAUACUAUGGCCUAAUUUUAAAGGUCCCUAAUUGUAUUUAAAGUUUGCCCUUGUGCUAAAGUGCCAGUGUAUGUAUGUUAUAAAUGAUUUGGUUGUAAACUAUUUCAAAGUAAAGUGUAAUAUGCUUCUAUUAUAACUAAAAAGGUUAAGCUGCUAAAACAUUUCCUAUUUUAAAGAGAUGUAAAUGCAGUACAAGAUCAUUCCCACAACCCCCAUCUUUAAACCCAAAGAUUCAUUUUGGCUUUCACCAGUUCUUGUAACUAUGUUUGGUGCCAGGCCAGUGACUUUUUUUUUUGGUCAGGACUAAGUGCAACCCAGGGGGACCAUUUAUGCAUCAGAUGUAGUUUCUUGCAUUGACACCUCAAAGCAUGUUUUUACCAACUUGAGGGGUAAACACCAAACAGUUAAUCCAGCAAGUCAGAAAAAUGUGCGUCAAUUUAAAAAUCCUAAUAGCUAGUAUCUUCUCUAAUUUGGCACCUUUUUUUUUUUUUGGUAUUUAUAAGCAAGACAGCUAAGUUCUAUUUCACCAAAUAAAUUCAGCUGAAUUAGUAUUACCCAAGUCAAAUAAUGAAUAUCCUAAAGGACAAAUAAUGUAUAUGAUUUGAAUUUGAAAUAUGAAAAUUAAAAAAAUUUUUUCCCAAGAGGAUUGUUUUUAUUUAAAUAACUGUUAUGACUGCCUCAUCUUUAUUCUUAGAAUGUACAUAAUUAAAUGUGCUAGGACUGUUGGCUGGAAAAGAGGCUACUAAUCUGCUAUUUGAUUAGUUUGACAGCUGUAAUUAAGGAUGAUGUAGAACUCUUCUUUCCCUUCAGUGUUAACAGUUUAUAUAUAUAUAUAUAGCCACAUUCUUUUCUGUACUGUAAUUUGACUAGAAUUAAUUCUCCUACAUACUAGUAUUUGAACUCCCACUGACCUGUACUAUUUCUAGUUUGGUACUGACAAGCAAACUGGUAAAUGUUCAGAGAAUGGACGCUGAAAGUAGAAAAGGGAUUUGUAAGGGCAACCUGAGUAUUUGGUCAGUGAUCAUAUGGGCAUCUCAUACCUCAGAAAGACAUUAAUAAAGUUGUGAUAAUCCUUCAGAAAGUGAUGAAGGGAUCAAAAAAUGGUAGAUACAACCUAUUGUGUAGGGCUGCUUUAGAAAUACACAAACAGCAGCCAUACUGUGAGCCUUCCUUAGCAAGAAUGUGGGGGUUUGGGGGGAAGACAGACGGGAAUGGCCAACAGAAUGGACCCAAGAGAGAUUUUGGGUAAGCUGCAAGCUUUUCCCAGUAAAAGUUGUGCUGUCCGUUUUAAACAGAGAUGGAAUACAUCUCUAAGGCCUCUUACACAGAUGAGGUACAAAAAGUCCACUGGGGUAGUUACAUCUGAAAGAGCAAAAUCUGAAGAAAACCAAGAUUUUUUUUUUUUGUCUCCUAGACCAGUUUAUUAUUUCACUCUCAGCAUUCAAAGAAAUGUGAUCUGCAGAAAACUAGAUUACAAAGGCCUUUUACUUCUUUACAAACUACUGUCAAUUAUCAAUGAAUUUACAUGCCUCAUUUUUUAUUCCAAAAAAGUCCAUUCUUGUAACAAGGAUGAAAUGGCUUUACAAAUACACAAACAUUAUAAUAACCAACACUGUUUGUUAGAGGAAGAGGCAAAGGAAAAGACCCAACAGGAGUCAUUUUCCAUAAUGACUAGCAAAAUGUCUUCUAGAUGUCAACAGCUGAAGACAAAAAGGAUCCUUACUACCACCUAUUUAUCAAGCCAUCACUAUAAAAAUUGAGAACUUAGCAGUUCUGGGACUCCUAAAACCUUUAUGAUCCACCAGAUUCCUGACUAUUGCUCAAAUCCCAGCUUUCCCAUGUCAAAAUAUCUUAGGACUUUGUAAACAGGAACAUGGUCAAAAUGCAUUACAAAAAUCUCUAGUUGAAAUUUGGAAAGCCAGGCUGGAAUUAGUUUGUGAGCCACAACUGCCUGAAAGAUCUUGGGUUACACAAUCUCUUUCUCAUCCAGAAAAGCAACCCAUUAUGUUACAAAGUAGUGAGGAAUGAAAUAGUGCAUGAAAAAAGCCUUUCUCAAGGCAAGUAUUCCAUAAAGGACAACUUUCUCAUCUGUCAAAUGGAAGAAUACCCAUUUCCCAGAAGUGUUUUUAAGAUUUAAGUAGGAGUUUCUGAAAAGCAUUUGGCUUGGCACAUUAAGUGCUUAGUAAUAUUAACAGCCUUCAAUAUACAUGGAAACAACCACAGCUAGACUAACAAUUCAUUGUAACUGAACAGCUGCCAAAACCACAUGGGCCCUUUCUGAUUUACCACAUUUAAAACUUUUAGAACUGUUAAGUAUUGUUACUGUACUUAUAAAUGAACAAAGUAUUUUCCAGCAAAAAUAAAAUCAAAACACUAUUCACCAUUAAAAAAAUCUCAUCCAAAUAUGCAACUUAAUUCUCCUCUCUGGAACAUGUUAACCUCAAUUCAAACAGAAAUGCAGAAGGGAGAUAGAGGACGAACCAUCUCUGAACCACACAGAUACUGUUCUUAAAAAUACACAAAACCACACCUCUACCUGCAAGAACCAUCAAUUCAAUGCUAAUGAUUAUAUAAAAGUAUAAGAUACAUUUUGUAAUUAAAUCUAUAAUCUUUGCUCUAAACUCUAGAUUCCAUUAUAUCAAUUUUUAUUAUCUCCUUGAAAAUAAAGCUUCUAAAAGCGU